AUGUAUACCACAGCAGUUCUCAUAUUCGGAAUAGGGUUUACAUAUGCAUCAGCACCUCUUUAUCGAAUGUUUUGUCAAACAACAGGAUUCAGCGGAACGCCGAUGACAGGGACUUCAACGUUAAAUCCAGAUCGUCUCGUGCCAGCUAAGAAUUCUCGUCGAAUAAGGGUAACAUUCAAUGCAGAUACUUCACGUGCUCUUCAUUGGUCUUUUACUCCUCAACAACGGGAUGUGCGUGUUCUACCGGGAGAGACCGCACUCGCAUUUUAUACAGCAAAGAAUGAAUCAAAUAAAGACAUUAUUGGUAUGGCAACAUAUAACGUAACGCCAUCUAAUGUGGCACCAUACUUUAAUAAAAUACAAUGUUUUUGUUUUGAAGAGCAGAUGUUAGGGGCUGGAGAACAAGUGGAUAUGCCAGUGUUUUUUUUUAUUGAUCCAGAAUUUGAAAAUGAUCCGUUGAUGAAAGACGUGGAUACUAUCACUUUAUCAUAUACGUUUUUCAAGGCCAAAUAUGAUGAUAAUGGUAUAUUAAUACCGAUACCAGCCUAA